GCUGCCGCCGCUGCCAGCCCCGCUGCCCGUCCCCAUGGAGGCAGAGCCCCUGGGCCAGAAACCCUCUGGGAGGAGACGGGGCAGGGUCAGCAUCUCGCCCCCGGCGGGCGGCACCCCCGGUGUGGCCACCUCCUGCAGCCGGUACCCUCUGAGACGAGGCAGCUCCUUCACAUUCCUGACUCCAGGCUCCCACUGGGAUUUCACCCUGAAGAGGAAGCGCCGAGAGAAGGACGACGAUGCUGUCAGCCUGAGCAGCCUUGACUUUAAGGUACUGAAAAUCAACUUACAACACCUGAAAAUGAAUUUACAACACCAAAAAAUGAAUUUACAACACCUGAAAAUGAAUUUACAACACUUCCAAUCCCCUCUUUUGGCAAUUUCUGUGGAGUUUUCUGUGGUUUGA